AUGACGAUUGAUCCAUCGUCGAGCAUAACUUAUUUGAGGUUCGGAUGUCCUUUCAUUUGGGUAUGGCAUCACCACGUGCAAUAUGAGCCGUUAGCUGAAAAAAUCGUUUCCGUUCACGCGAUUCUCAGAGUUUAUUUUAAGUUGAUUGGAGAAUAUUUUAUUGCUCUUAUUGUAGAAACUAUGUUGAGGUUUCAAUUAUCAUCGGACGUUUCAGCAAACCCAAUUGGCUACGCUCAAAUUACAGCGCAUGGAAGUGGAAAUCCAACAUAA